CCAUACUCUCCCCAUUGGGUUGUACUUGCAUUGUACCUGCACCACAAGAGGGUUCUACAAAGCUGGUUCAGCACCUCCUGAGCUUAUCUAAUGCGGGGUGGCCUUUAUUCAACCAUUCAUGGAACGGCUCCAACUCUCCAUACAGCCAAAAGGAGAAGACCCCAUCUUCAGAUCUAAUACCGACUCAUGUCAUCAUCCACCGCCGUCUGUGAAUUCCCCUUAACGAACCACUCUGAGCUUUUUUUCCCAACCUCUCUUACGAUAUAGGUUCAUAUCAUAUAUUUAUACCUAUACCUACCUAUACCUAUAUUUAUAUUUAUAUUUAGUAAUAUACCUACCUAUAUAUCUACCUCUUGUAGUACCCCAAAUCGGGGACGCGUUUCCCGUAUUUUUCUCUACUUCUAUCUAGAUGUGAUCCUCUAAUCAUGCGACCCUUUCCUGGCGACCACGCUUGGCAAGGGCGUCAGCGUCCGGCCGACCACGAGCCGGUCCCCCUUAUGGCAUCCAGUUCCAGUAGCCAGAUGUCAUUUUUCCUUGCCGACGAGUCGUCCAUCGAUUCUUACCUCGAGCAGUCUAACCCGCACAGUCGUUUUCUAGACGCGCGGAAGUCUGCUGCUUCUACGAACGUGCCAUCUCAUCGUGCGAAUGAUAAGGACGGUGAAUCUUCAAAACAGGCUAUGAUACAGCGGGAAAGAGAUUAUAUGCCAGCAUAUACCCAAUCUUCGAGGGCUUCUGUCUUCGCGCAUAGCCCGGCUUCGAUGAGAUCUCAGAAUUGUUCAUCACCUUCCCGGCCGAUAACGCCCAUUAUGCUAGGUACAUCCUGCACGAGUUCCGUAGUUAGCACUCCAUCCUCGAGGAGAAACUCGAUUGCUGGGUCGCUUUCGGACCAUGAAUUUAGCUCCGAUGACGAAUUUUUCGAACAGAGGCCUUCGAAUGUGUCAGAUAGUGGAAGCGCUCCUCAACUAGUAAUGCCAAGUAUCAAGAUGCCAAGCCGGCGCCCGUUCACCGAGACGGGCAAAAGCCUAGGACGGUUGAAGGUGUUGUUUGCCGGGAAUUCUGGUAUCGGUAAAACCUCCAUGGUCAAAGCAAUCGUCCAAACGUGCGAGCAUAUCGUCCAUGUUGACCCUAUUCCGUCUCAGACCGAGUCAAGCACUCAUAAAAAGCCCGCAAGCUUACCUAGAAAGGCAUCAAACUCGACAUCUGCUAUAUCAGAGAUAUAUGCUAGUACUAAGCCUUAUCCGGAAUGGUGGUCCAUGCUAGAUGAACCUCAUAUUUCCCAGAGACGUCAAAGUCUAGGUGAUAGUGUUUUAGAGCGUAAUGUGUGUUUCGUAGACACACCUGGAUAUCGAAAUGGUUCAUCCGCUAUGGAGACUAUUAUGUCUUGUGUUGAAUAUAUAGAAUCUCACCUAGAAAAGAUAUCCUCAGACUCUCUAAGCGAUUCGGAUAUGUUAAACAUGCUAGGAGGCAGCGGAGGGUUUCAAAUCGACGUAGUCUUCUAUUUCAUCUCACAAAAGAUAAGACCUGUCGAUAUAGAAUAUAUCCGCCGGUUAACCCCACUGACAAAUGUCAUCCCCCUUCUAGCCCAAGCUGACUCGUUGUCGCCGGAACAGCUUGCUCUCUGCAAGGAGCAACUCGUCGGCCAGCUUCGAGAAGCGGGUCUGCAAACAUUUAGCUUUGCAUUAACAGCCAGCGAUGGAUCUGCAACGGCGAUACCCAGUAUACCGUAUGCUGUAUCUAGUGCGACCGGCUCAGAUGAUGAUAUAAUGGACGCAAGCCUUCUCAUGAGCUCUGAAUAUGUCCAGCCUCUCAUGACGUCGGAACUAAAAUAUCUUGUAGACAACGUGUUUAGUCCAAGUGGGAUAUCCUGGUUGAGAUACUCUGCAGCAAAGAAGUAUUUGGAAUGGAGAAAUACCACACCAUCGCGCCCUAGCCAUUUAUACCGGCCAUUGGGUUUCCCUGGUCGAGCACCAUCUCUUCGAGGUGGUCCACCCGAGAAUCCGACUGGUCCACGUUCAUGUCUAGAGCUUGCUCGCCUUUACAAUCAGCAACCGACUUAUAGCCCACUCCAAUUGCAUGUGGCGGACUGGGCAGCCGAUCUCCAGCGUAGUUUGGCUAGUGAGCGAGCCCAGUACGAAUCGCUGGCUCGGGGAGAACGUGCCAUUUGGCUCACAGAGAGGUUGAGCGAAUGUGUACAAGAUGGUACACUUGUAGCUCUGAAUAAACCCCAAGGCACAAGCCCAAUGGGAGAAAAGAGACUAUCAAAACGUAGGUUCUCGGCGAAGACGGUACCGCAUCAAGAUCCACUAGGAUUGCUUCAAAUAGCGGCGGACUUGAAAGCAAAGGGUUGGUUUGCUUUAGAAGUGAUAGGAAGCUUUGGUGUGAUUGGGGGAUUGGCGUUUUGGAUCUCAAGGCAGCAUUGGCACAUGGAUCCCCUCGAAAUAGCUCUCACGGACGAGUGGAUAAGGCGUUGGGGUAUGGACAUCUAAUAUGCCAGUAGUUAUGUGUACAAGACGGUUUGCGAUAGUUACUCUACUCAUAACGCAGCAUCGGCCUCAAUAAAUAAGUCCAGCUUUGCUUUUGAGUAGAGACUUAUGUAAUGGAUGGAAUUCUGAGCAUUUUGCCUAGACUGGAUUAAUUUUAUAGAAACGUGAACAAUACCCUAUGUCCGAGAUGAUGGAGUUAGGUAUACCAGGUAUUUUUCCAAAAAAAAAAAAAAAA